AUGAGCUGUGAAGAGAUUCCUGUGUGUGCAGUAAAAUUGGGAGAAAACUUCUGCCUCUAUUUUGAAGAUGAUGAUGGGCUGGAAUGUGAUGCCUUUAGGAAGGAGAAAAUUCACCAACAAGUCCUUCGAAACGUGAACAGCCAAUUGCUUGUGGUUCGACCAGAUCUGAACGUGGCAGCUUUUGAGGACGUGACAGAUCAGGAGAUUAAAUCUGGCAAUGGAAUGCAAUUCAACAUUCACUAUUACAACGCUACCACCCCCUCAGGAGGGAGGCCUGUUGCAUUCAGCGUCCAGGUAGCAGAUAAAAGUUAUUACCUGUGCUGUGAGAAAGAAUGUGGGAAAAUGAUGGUUCGAUUUAGGGAAGGAGAAGUUCCCAUAGACAUUCCUGGUGAAAGCAAUGCCAUCUUUUUCAAAAAGACAUUCACAUCCUGUAGCUCCAAAGCAUUUAAGUUUGAAUACUCACUGGAACAAGGAAUGUUCUUGGCCUUUGAGGAAGAAGGCUGCUUAAGAAAACUAACUCUAAAGAAACUGUCAAGAGAAGAUGAAGUGGAUGAAACCAUGAAGAUAAGUUUCUAA